GUCUGAUUUCCUUCUCUCUCUUUCCUGGCUCUCUCUUUAUCUCUGUCUCUCUCUUUCUCUUCUUGUUACAGUCAUUAGUCUGAGGUAAGAAAGAGAGAGAAAAGGAAGUAAAAGGAGAAAGAAAUAAUAAAAAGUUCAUAUGGGUUGGUUCCCUUGUGGUGGAAAAUCAAGCAAAAAUGCAAAGAAGAAGCUCCCAAACAAUAAUAACGGCAGCAGCAACAGAAACUCUGAUGAUCAGAUCCCAUCUACUUCAGAAAAGCUGAAAGUGAAUUCAGUACCAGAUGGUAAGGAGGAGGCUACCAAGGAUGGGAAUUCUGAUCACAUUGCGGCACAUACAUUUACUUUUCGUGAAUUGGCUGCAGCGACAAAGAAUUUCAGGGCAGAUUGCCUUCUUGGUGAAGGAGGAUUUGGCCGAGUGUAUAAAGGGCGAUUGGAGAGCACUAAUCAGGUUGUCGCAAUCAAGCAGCUUGAUCGUAAUGGACUGCAAGGGAACAGGGAAUUCCUUGUUGAAGUAUUGAUGUUGAGCCUGCUUCACCACCCUAAUCUUGUCAACUUAAUUGGAUAUUGUGCUGAUGGAGAUCAGCGACUUUUGGUUUAUGAAUACAUGCCGUUAGGAUCUUUGGAAGAUCAUCUACAUGAUUUACCUCCCGACAAAAGGCAACUUGAUUGGAAUACAAGAAUGAAAAUAGCUGCAGGUGCUGCAAAAGGUUUGGAGUAUUUGCAUGAUAAAGCUAGCCCACCUGUCAUAUAUCGUGAUUUAAAAUGCUCAAACAUUUUGCUUGGCGAAGGCUAUCAUCCAAAGCUAUCUGAUUUUGGUUUGGCCAAAUUGGGUCCUGUUGGGGAUAAGACUCAUGUAUCCACUAGAGUGAUGGGGACCUAUGGAUACUGUGCACCAGAAUAUGCAAUGACUGGUCAGCUUACAUUGAAAUCAGAUGUUUAUAGCUUUGGGGUUGUUCUGCUUGAAAUCAUUACUGGAAGGAAAGCUAUUGACAAUUCAAGAGCUGGUGGUGAGCAAAAUCUGGUUGCCUGGGCUCGACCCUUGUUUAAAGAUAGAAGGAAAUUUGCACAAAUGGCUGACCCAUUACUUCAAGGCCAAUACCCAGUGAGGGGUUUGUACCAAGCUCUAGCUGUGGCUGCAAUGUGUGUUCAGGAACAGCCUAAUAUGCGGCCACUUAUAGCUGAUGUAGUCACUGCCCUCACCUAUCUUGCUUCUCAAAAGUUUGAUCCUGAAACUCAGUCAGUUCAAGGAUCUCGUACAGGUUCUUCCACUCCAAGAAUGAGAAGGGAAUAGUGCAGCUAGGGGAAUCAAGCAUUACUCAUUUGAAAGAAUCGAAUUCCCUGGCAGCUGAUGAUUGAGUUAAGGAAACAACAGGUUUAUAUGUUUGAUAUUUUCAAUUUACUGGCCCUGAGUUAACUGCCAAGCUGCCCUUGUGGGUGGAAUUUUGCAAGUCCAGGUGGUCAGUUCGAUGUCCAUCCACACUGUGUCUGAUGUAACAGGAGUUUUCCUUUUCUUUUUUUCUUCAAACCCUUUUGCCCCCCUCCCUUUUUCUCUUCUUUUUGUCCAAAAUUCUUUUCCUUAUUUGCAAUUGAGCUUGGGGCUUUGUAUCUAAAAAUGUCUUUGAUAUAGAAAACUGGUGUACCCUUAAAGAGCAUUUUACAUCUGCUUGUCAAUAUUCUUUUUGAUAUUUCUCCAUUCUCAUUGACAUUGCUAGCA